CCCCCCCCCCCCCCCCAUUUUUCUUGAGUGAGUUUUAGGGUUUUGAACCGAACUAUUUGGUAUGCUAUGAUGGAUUGACAGUUCAACUAUUUGGUCUCUCACAUCGAGACUGAUUUACUGACAGUUUAACUAAUUUUUGCUCUUUUACGUAGUGAUUGCAUCUCAAGCUAUGAUUGUCUAGGAGGACACAUCCUUGUAAUUCAUGUAUGCAAGGUUUAAAAUGUUGAUAUUAAUAUUGAUGUUCGUGAAAAUAUUGAAGUCGAAUUUUAUGGAAUUGCCCAUGGAAACAUCAAUAAAGUUUAUUAAAAGUUAAAAACCUAAAAUUCAAAUAAGAUUUAGUAAAUAUACAUAGUGUUUACACUUGAAACAAAUUUAAAUGUUAUCUUUAUAUUGUCUUCACACUUAUUUGUUCACGUUUUUUUUUUCCAGUAUGGUCAAAAUGUUAAUUUCACACUUUUCGUAGAUAUCAAAUGAAAUUCGAUACCAGCAAAAUAUAAUACGUAUAGUAAUGUGGAAUGGGAAUCCGAGAGAGAUUUACAUGAACUCUAUAGCAAGUUGUGGUUUGAUUGAUCAAACAACAUAAGGAGCUUAACAUUUAAUCCUAAUUUGAGCCAUUAGACUACUACUAAUGAAACCAUUUCAUCGAAUAGAGUGCAUAUGGAUUUUGUUCAUUGUUCGCCCAUCCAUAUAAUACUAGAAAUUCAAUGUCAUACUAUAGAGCAUUUACUAAUUACCUUUUUUUCUUAUUUUAAUUUAUCUUUGGUAAAAGGACCUAAACUAAUUAUUUGUACAACAAAUGCCAGGAUUGAUAUAAAACAAUGAUAACAAAUUAACAUUUUAAAAAAAUACUUAAUUAUUUUAAUAGAAAAACUAAAAAAAAAAAUAGAAAAAUAAACAAAAUAUUUACACUGUUUUUUAGUAGGCAUAAAUAGUUUGUUUUUUAUUAUUUUUGAAAAUAAAAACCUAUUAAUAAUUAAAUUACCCUCUCUCUCUCUCUAUUUAAUGAAAAUCUAAAAGAAAACUUACAUUAAUUAAUGAGUAUUAAGUUUUAAGUUAUAGUUCUUAACUCUAAUCACCAUCAUAUUUACAAGUAACCCAAUAACACGAAAAACAGAACUCAUGUUUCAAAUUAUAACUUACGUUUUACUCAUUUAUUUUUCUAUUCAUUCGUAACGUAAUAGAAAAGAAAAAUUAUAUGUUUGAAUUUGCCGCCUCAUUCAUUCUUUGUUAGUUGUUAUAUAAAUAGCAGAAAGCAGAAGCUGAGGAUCAACAAAAAUUGGCUUUGCUUCUUCCUUUUAACUUCACAUUUCCAAUUUCUCUUCCGUCCACUCCACUUUCAAUGGAAGGAAUCCGUUGCUCUGCCAAUUCCGUUCCUCUCACUCCGAUCACUUUCUUGGAGCGCGCCGCCGCCGUCUUUGGUGACAGAAUUUCUCUCGUCUAUGGAAAUGUCCGCUUCACUUGGAGAGAAACUCUUCAACGAUGUACUAAAUUCGCUUCUGCUCUAGUUCAUGUCGGAAUCUCUCGCGGCGAUGUGGUUGCUGUUUUGGCACCGAAUGUUCCAGCUACAUACGAGCUUCAUUUUGCUGUACCAAUGGCUGGUGCAAUCCUUUGCACUCUCAACAUGCGCCAUGAUGCAGCAAUGGUUUCUACAUUGUUGGGUCAUUCAGAAGCUAAAAUCAUUGUUGCAGACCACCAAUAUCUACAUAUUGUAAAGGCAGCAAUCGAAAUUAUGUCCAAGACGAUGGCGGCAGAAGAGCUGCCUCGUAUUGUCAUUGUUCAAGAGUUUGAUCAUCCAUCCUCCAACAUCAACGGAUUCGACUCUGCUUCAGAUGAUUUAGAGUACGAGAGCCUUCUAAACACUGGAACACUCGAUUUCGAAAUCAGACGUCCUAUAGAUGAACGGGAUCCAAUCUCUCUUAACUAUACUUCAGGCACAACAUCGAGACCAAAAGGUGUGAUUUACUCCCAUAGAGGUACUUAUCUCAAUACUCUAUCCACAGUCCUUCUGAAUGAUAUGUCCUCAAUGGCUGUAUACUUGUGGACUGUUCCAAUGUUCCAUUGCAACGGAUGGUCUAUGACUUGGGGUGUGGCUGCACAAGGCGGCACAAACAUCUGCCAAAGAAAUGUGAAUGCCAAAGAAAUCUUCGCUAAUAUUUCUCUACACAACGUCACUCACAUGGGUGGCGCGCCGACCGUAUUAAACAUGAUCGUCAAUGCACCAAUUACCGAACAGAAGCCGCUUCUGGGGAAGGUAACUGUGAUGACCGGGGGCGCUCCUCCGCCAUCUAAUAUACUGUACAAGAUGAGAGAAUUAGGAUUCCUUAUUGUCCAUUGUUAUGGUUUAACCGAAACGUAUGGUGUUGCAACAUUUUGCCAUUGGAAACCUGAAUGGGAUUCUCUUCCCGAUGAAAAGCAAGCAAAAUUGAAAUCUCGUCAAGGAAUGCAACACAUUGGAGUGGAGGGGGUGGAUAUUAAGAAUCCCAUCACCAUGGAAAGUGUUCCAGCUGAUGGAAAAACCAUGGGGGAAGUUAUGAUCAGAGGAAACACCGUAAUGAUUGGUUAUUUGAAAGAUGUUAAAGCUACAGAAGAAGCCUUCAAUGGGGGAUGGUUUCGCAGUGGAGAUUUGGGAGUAAGACAUCCUGAUGGUUACAUAGAACUGAAAGAUCGUUCAAAAGACAUCAUAAUUUCUGGAGGAGAAAACAUUAGUACAAUUGAAGUUGAAUCUGUGCUAUUCAAUCAUCCAUCGGUUCUUGAAGCUGCCAUUGUAGGAAGACCUGAUGAUCAUUGGGGUGAAACCCCAUGUGCUUUUGUGAAUCUCAAACAUGGUUCUAAUGCUACAGAAGAAGAAAUCAUAAAGUUUUGUAGAGAUAAUCUUCCUCAUUACAUGGCUCCAAAAACUGUUGUGUUUAAAUCAGAUUUGCCUAAAUCCUCAACAGGGAAAAUUCAGAAGCUUAUUCUCAAGGAAGAAGCUAAGGCCAUGGGGACCCUUUCCCUUGCUGCUAACAGGUUAGCUAAAUAAAUAAACAAAAGUUUAAUAAAUUAACCAAAUAAAUUAAUUACAUAAAACACCUUUGUUAAUUUUUUAGAUAUAUAUUAAUUUAAGUUUUGGAUUAGAUCAAUUUCAUAUAUUGUCUUCAUACUAAUCUUAUUUUAUAUAUAUAUAUAUAUAUUUUAUAUUAUUGGCCAAACUUUAGUGUUGACUUUAAUUAAAAA